AUGUUGCGAACGUCGAUUCGAUCCGUGAGGGUGCUCGGCCACAGGCCUGCCGCGGCCGUCAUUGGCCGCCAAUGGCAGGCCGCCGCCGCCCGCCGGAGGCAUUUUGCCGACGACAAGAAGCCCGACCCGACCAAGCCUGCAGUCCUGCCCGCAUCAGAGACCAUCACCGCUGAGAAGAGCGCCGCUCCCGAGCUCGCCGCCGCCGAGGCCACGAUCCCCAAGACUGAGGUCCCUCUCACGCCCCCGACCCCUGCCACCGAGGCCGUCGCGCCUCCCCCCCGGACACCCGCCGCCGCUGCUCCGAAGAAGAAGGGUUUCUUCCGCAGACUGAGGAACCUCGUACUCACCCUCGCUGUGCUCGGUGCUAUCGGUUUUGGUGGUGGUGUCUGGUACUCCCGCGUCAACGACAGCUUCCACGACUUCUUCACCGAGUAUGUUCCCUUCGGAGAGCAGGCGGUCCUCUACUUUGAGGAGAUGGACUUCCGCAAGCGAUUCCCCAACAUCUCCAACAAGAUCAAGUCGAGAGAUACCGGUAGCCAGGUCGCGGUUCCCGCUCAGAGCGGCGCAUCCUGGAGGGUAGCCGACAACGGUGAGCCUGCUGGCCGUCAGUCUAGUGCUGUUGACAAGGCCCAGGCUGCCAAGGUCGCCGCUGUCAAGGAGAAGCCCAAGCCCGUCGAGAAGAAGAGGAAGGCCCCCGAACCCAAGCCUGCGCCUGUCGAGGCCAAGGUUGUCGCGCCUAAGCAGGAGGAGAACGACUUCAAGCCCCCCGAGGUCAACGAGCCUUCCCGCUUCCCCCCGAUCCCCCCCAUCGACGCUAUCAAGAUUGAGGACGCGACUGAGCCGGUUGUUCAGGACCUUGUCCGCAUGCUCAACGACAUCAUCACCGUCAUCAACGCCGACAAGGCCCACGGCCGCUACUCCCCCACCAUCACCAAGGCCAAGAACGAGCUGAGCAAGGUCGGAAGCAAGAUCAAGGCUAUCAAGAGCUCCGUCGAGGAGAAGGCUGCUGCCGAGGUCCAGGCCAAGGUUGCCGAUUUUGACAAGGCCGCCAACGACCUGAUUACCCGCGUCGAGGGCGCCAUGGUCGCCCAAGAGGGCGCGUGGAGGAAGGAGUUUGAGCAUGAGAUGAAGAAGGUCAAGGAGAGCUACGACGCGCGCGCCAAGCUUCUGUUGGAGCGCGAGAAGCAGCUCAACGAGGAGCGCCUCAACAACCAGCUCCUCGAGCAGGCUCUGGCCCUGAAGAAGGAGUUCGUCACUGAGGUCGAGAAGCACGUCGAGUCGGAGCGCGAGGGUCGCCUGGGCAAGCUCGAGAAGCUGUCCGACGCCGUCGCCGACCUCGAGAAGCUCACCACCGGAUGGAACGAGGUGGUCGACACCAACCUGCGCACCCAGCAGCUGCACGUCGCCGUCGACGCCGUCCGCGCCACCCUGGAGAACGCCAUCUCGCCCCGUCCCUUCACCCGCGAGCUCGUCGCCCUGAAGGAGAUUGCGGCCGACGACCCGGUUGUCAACGCCGCCAUCGCCUCCAUCAACCCCUCCGCCUACCAGCGCGGCCUCGCCAACGCCGCCCAGCUGAUUGACAGAUUCCGCAUAGUCGCCAGCGAGGUCCGCAAGGCCUCUCUGCUGCCCGACGAGGCUGGUGUUGCCAGCCACGCGUCGAGCUACCUCCUCAGCAAGGUCAUGUUCAAGAAGCAGGGUCUGGCCGACGGCAACGACGUCGAGAGCAUCCUGACGCGCACGCAGACUCUGUUGGAGGAGGGUAACCUGGACGCCGCGGCCCGUGAGAUGAACGGCCUGCAGGGCUGGGCGAAGACGCUGAGCAGAGACUGGCUUGGCGAGGUGAGGAAGACGCUGGAGGUCCAGCAGGCACUUGAUGUCAUUGCGACAGAGGCGCGUCUGCAGAGCCUCAAGGAUGCUGUCGACGCAUUGAACACGCUGCAGACGCCCUUCGCCGUCAUCGAGGCGCGGCGCAAGGCGGGCGUGCGACCUGAUGAAGCUUCCGUCAAGGAGAUGAGGGCGUACCUCGCGCGUAUCGGGUACACGACCGCAGACCUCGACAAGCUAAACGUAAUCCACGUCGCCGGCACAAAAGGCAAAGGCAGCACCUGCGCCUUCACCGACUCCAUCCUCGCCUCGCACCGCGCCCUCUCCCCGUCCUCCGUCCCGCGCAAGGUCGGCCUGCUCAUCUCGCCGCACCUCAUCGCCGUGCGCGAGCGCAUCCGGAUCAACGGCGUGCCCAUCUCGGAGGCCCUCUUCGCCAAGUACUUCUUCGAGGUGUGGGACCGGCUGGGCAGCAGCACGGCGGACGCGGAGGGCGUGGCGCUGGGCACGCGGCCGAUUUACUCGCGCUACCUGACGCUGGUGAGCUUCCACGCGUUUAUUGAGGAGGGGGUGGACUGCGCGAUUCUGGAGACGGGAAUUGGCGGGGAGUAUGACGCGACGAAUUUGGUGGGACGGCCCGUGGCGACGGGGAUUACGACGUUGGGGAUCGAUCAUGUGUUUGCGCUGGGGGACACGGUGGGCAAGAUUGCGUGGCAUAAGGCGGGGAUUAUGAAGACGGGGAGUAGGGCGUUUACGGUUGAGCAGCUGGGCGAGGCGCAGGGUGUGCUGGAGGAGCGAGCGGCGGAGAAGAGGGUGAAGUUGGAGGUUGUGAAGGUGGAUGAGAGGAUGAAGGAUGUGAGGAUACGGCCGGAUAAGGAGUUUCAGCGGAGGAAUGCGAGUUUGGCGGUGCGGCUUGCGGAGAGCGUGCUGGAGAGGCUGGAGGAGGGGUUUAAGCCCGAUCCCGCGAAGUUGCCGGAGUCGUUUGUGAAGGGCUUGGAGGAGGUUGUGUGGAGGGGCCGGUGCGAGGUGAAGGAUGAGGGGAGCGUGGUGUGGUUUGUUGACGGAGCGCAUACGACGGACAGUCUGAAGAUGGCGGGGCGGUGGUUCGCCGGGGAGACGGAGGCGCGGAGGAGGAGGCGGGUGUUGGUGUUUAACCAGCAGGGCCGGACGGAGGCGAUCGACUUUCUGGAUGGGCUUUAUGAGGCUGUGAAGAGGGAUGGGAGGGGGUUUGAUGGGGUUGUGUUCUGUACGAAUGUGACGUACAAGGAGACGGGGUACAAGCGAGAUUUCGUGAAUCACCAGUACGAUAAUAAGGCUAUCGAGGCCAUGACGGUGCAGAAGCAGUUCGCGGAGCGGUGGAGGGAGCUGGAUCCGCAGGCUGACGUGCGCGUCAUCCCGACCAUCGAGGAGGCCCUGGACUACGUCCGCGGCUUGGCGGAGAGCAACGGGGAGGGAGAGAGCGUGCAGGCCUUCGUCACGGGCAGUCUGCACCUCGUCGGCGGCGCUCUGCAGAUUCUCGAAGGGGCGGAUGCUCUUUGA